AUGCUCUCUCUCAAUACAUCCCGAUCAUUGAGAGCUGCUUCUCAGUUCAUGCAACACAAGAGUAAAGGCUUGCUGUCGAUGAGUAGUUGUUCAUCAGCUUCAUCAUGGCGUUCCUUCUCAACCACUCUUGCAAAUUCUAUGAAAGUUGUUCAUCCAAAUUAUGUACCACCAUCGGAUCAAAGCAAUAAUAGCUCGGCUCCUCUGGAAGAAAUUCAAUAUGUAGCACCCGAUGAAGAUGGUAGUUUGGCAUCUCCCUCUCAUGUUACGUUUUAUGAUAUUGAAGAAGCCUUUGCUAGAAUUCGACCUUUGCUUCCUCCCACUCCAUUACAGGAAUCAAUGGUUCUCACACAUGAAAUUUUCGGAAGUCAAAAAGGAAUAUUGCAUCCAAGAAAAGUACAUUUAAAGUAUGAGAAUAAGCACAUGACUGGUAGUUUCAAAGAAAGAGGUGCAAUUAACAAAUUAGCAUCUUUGACUGCUGAGCAAAGAGAACGAGGUGUUGUGGCAUCCUCUGCAGGAAAUCAUGCUCAAGCUGUUGCAUAUCAUGCAAUGAGACUUGGAAUUAAGGCAACUAUUUGCAUGCCAGAAAACACUCCACUUGCAAAAGUGGCAGGAACAAAAAGAUAUGGAGCUGAAGUUGUUUUAAUCGGAGAAUCAAUUGAUGACGCUUAUCAAGAAGCAUUGAGAAUUAAGGAUGCAGAAAAUAGAGUUUUGGUCCAUCCUUUUAAUGACAAUGACAUUAUUGCCGGACAAGGCUCGCUAGGUCUUGAAUUAUUGGAACAAUCACCAUAUAUAGAUACCAUUGUGUGUCCAAUUGGAGGUGGAGGCCUCAUAUCUGGCACAGCCAUUGCAGUGAAAACAGUCAAUCCAAAAAUUAAGGUUUAUGGUGUUCAAACUGAGAACAUUCCAUCCAUGAUCACAGCUAAGAAGGAAAGAAAAGCCACUAUGGUUCCAUUCAAAUCUACCAUUGCUGAUGGUAUUGCUGUGAAACGAGCAGGAGAUUUAACUUUCCCAAUUGUUGACAAGUAUGUUGAUGACAUUGUGAGCGUGAGCGAAAGUGAAAUUGCACAUGCAGUUCUAGUGUUACUUGAACGAGAAAAGACACUUGUAGAAGGUGCUGGAGCUACUGCAGUUGCUGCUCUCUUGUCUGGAAAGCUACCUGAAAUUACUAAACCAAAUAGCCCUCUCACCGUGUAUGUGUAG